GGGAGGGCGGCGAAGGAGAGAGUGCCCGAAGGGGGUUGCGUUAGGUUGGCAGGUUUGCUGUCAUGCCGGGCAUAGUGGAGGUGCCGUCGCGGGAAGAACUGGAAGUGCCGCAGGUGAAAGUUAGCUCAGCGGUACUGAAAGCAGCCGCUCACCAUUAUGGUUCUCAGUGUGACAAACCCAACAAGGAGUUCAUGCUGUGCCGCUGGGAGGAGAAGGACCCACGGAAGUGUCUGAAUGAAGGCAAAGAGGUCAACAAGUGUGCCCUGGAAUUCUUCAGGAAGAUCAAGUUGACCUGUGCAGAACCUUUUACCCAAUACUGGACCUGCAUCGAUUACACCAACCUGUUGGACCUUAGCCGUUGCCGGAAACAGCAGAAAGUCUUUGAUGACUGUGUGCUGGAGAGCUUGGGCUGGGUGAGACCUGAUUUGGGGCAGCUGUCCAAGGUCACCAAAGUGAAGACUGACCGGCCUCUCCCUGAGAAUCCCUAUCAUUCCAGGCCAAGACCGCCACCAAACCCACCAGUUGAAGGCGAGCUGAAACCUGCUUUGUAUGGCAGCCGGCUGUUAUUCUGGAACUGAUAAAAGCAAAAUAAAAGCGGGUGGCUUCAAAACAA